CACAGUCUGACGUCAUCUGAGGAGGAUGAUGAGGCCUUUCUCCCACGAAAGAAGCGAGCUGUCCAAGCCUUCAUGCUGACACGCUAUGAGAGUGAGUUUCUGGAGCUGGAGUGCAUUGGCGUUGGCGAGUUUGGGGCAGUUUAUAAGUGUGUGAAGAGGCUGGAUGGCUGCUUGUAUGCCAUAAAACGCUCUCGCCGUCCCCUGGCAGGCUCUGCCAACGAGCAGCUGGCACUAAAGGAAGUGUAUGCACAUGCUGUUCUUGGGCACCACCCACAUGUUGUUCGCUAUUACUCAGCAUGGGCAGAGGACGAUCACAUGAUUAUUCAGAAUGAAUAUUGUGAUGGUGGAAGUCUCAGUGAUGCCAUUGUGAAGAAGCAGCAGGGGCAAUGCGAGUUGUUUUCAGUGGCAGAGCUGAAGGAUCUGCUCUUACAAGUGUCCAUGGGUCUGAAAUACAUCCACAGCUCAGGCCUGGUACACUUGGACAUCAAACCAAGUAAUAUUUUCAUUUGCCAGCGUCCCUGCACGACUGUGGCAGGUGAGGGGGAGAGCGAAGAUGAAGACGACCGCAGCACCUCUGUUGGAGUCGUUUACAAAAUUGGGGACCUGGGUCAUGUGACCUCAAGCAGCAAUCCUCAAGUUGAGGAAGGGGAUAGUCGCUUUCUGGCCAGUGAGGUCCUACAUGAGGAUUACAGUCACCUUCCCAAGGCAGAUAUCUUUGCUCUUGGCCUUACCAUGCUGCUGGCCGCUGGGGCUCCUCCUCUUCCACAAAAUGGAGAUGAGUGGCACAGCCUUAGAGAGGGGAAACUUCCCCAGCUGCCACAGGAGCUCCCAGCCUCCUUUAGAGGACUACUUCAGCUGUUGUUGGAUACGGACCCGAGAAAGCGACCAUCUGCCAGAGAGCUUUGCAAGCACGCGGCCUUAAGGGAGGAGAGGACUGGGAGGUUGGCUGCUCAGCUGCGCAGAGAGCUCAAUGUAGAGAAGUUUAGGACAGCCAUGCUUGAAAAAGAGCUCCAGGAGGCUCGUCAAGCAGCGUUGUCACCCAAACAGGGCCUCCCUCUCGGGCUGAAACCUGCUAAGAUGGGGCCUCUGGCCAAAUCAGGAAGGAGACUCGUUGGCAGGAACACAGCGCGAUCAGUCACCUAUGAUUUCCACGGAUAAUUGUGACUGAUGGUAUAAUGGGGGACCGACUUGUGUAUGCCAGAAUACUUCUGAAAAUGACAACAUGGUUUGUGGGGCUUCAUAGGACUCAUGUAACUGAAAGACUGGGGCAGCACUUGGUCUAAGGGAUCAUUUCAACAUCUCAUCACUGCUGCAGAGCAUUUCCUCUGACCAGUCAAAGUUUUGUUUUAUUUUCUUUUUUAAUUGUAAAUAAACAUUUUAAGAAUUUUAUCAGGUGGGUUUAGUUUCUAAUUUGAAUCUCUGCAUGUCUUUUAACGUGUGUUGCUGUGUAAUGGAAAAAGUACUUAUAUUAAAAAAAAAAGAAAUGCUGUUUGCCAAA